AUGAAUAAGCGUGAAAACAGUAAGGAAAAAGACACACAGCAGAGUGAGCACACUAAAAGAUCAUCUACCGCUACCGGCACGGUGGGCGGGCGUGGUGGUGUGGGUGGCAGCAGCGCGAUGCAUACGUCGAGGCAUUCUGUCACCUCGUCUUCGGGCGUCCUUAUGGUGGGACCCAACUUUCGCGUCGGCAAGAAAAUUGGCUGCGGGAACUUUGGUGAACUCAGGCUCGGUAAAAAUCUCUACAACAAUGAACAUGUAGCUAUUAAGAUGGAGCCUAUGAAGUCGAAGGCUCCGCAAUUACAUCUAGAAUACCGAUUUUACAAGUUACUAGGCACGCAUGAGGGCAUUCCCAAAGUCUACUACUUGGGAACUUGUGGCGGCCGCUACAACGCCAUGGUCAUGGAGUUAUUAGGCCCCUCUCUCGAAGACCUGUUCGUUCAUUGCGGCCGACGAUUCAGGCUCAAGACGGUCCUUAUGAUUGCUAUGCAGCUCGUAAGUGACUCCGCGGAAGGUAUCCCGGAGGUGUAUUACUUCGGGCCGUGCGGUAAAUACAACGCACUGGUGAUGGAAUUGUUGGGGCCUUCGUUGGAAGAUCUGUUUGAUCUCUGUGGCCGUCGGUUCUCUCUAAAGACUGUGUUAAUGAUCGCAAUGCAGUUGCUGCAUCGUAUCGAAUAUGUCCACUCAAGACAUCUAAUAUACCGAGACGUUAAGCCGGAAAAUUUUUUAAUAGGUAGAACUGCAACUAAAAGGGAAAAAAUCAUUCACAUCAUUGAUUUUGGUUUGGCCAAAGAAUAUAUAGACUUAGAGACAAACAAACAUAUCCCAUAUCGGGAACACAAGUCACUCACCGGGACUGCAAGAUAUAUGUCAAUAAACACACAUUUAGGAAAAGAACAAUCUAGACGCGACGACCUAGAGGCUCUCGGGCAUAUGUUUAUGUAUUUUUUACGAGGUUCCUUACCCUGGCAGGGUUUAAAAGCUGACACACUAAAAGAGCGAUACCAAAAAAUUGGUGACACCAAACGAGCGACGCCUAUUGAGGUGCUCUGCGAAGGCCACCCCGAAGAGUUAGCGACAUACUUGCGCUAUGUUCGUCGACUGGACUUCUUCGAAACGCCCGACUAUGACCAGCUGCGGCGAAUGUUCCGCGACUUGUUCGAACGGCGCGGAUACGUCGACGAUGGCGAGUUCGAUUGGACCGGCAAGACAAUGUCUACGCCCGUGGGUUCAAUUCAGACUGGACAAGAGAUUGUAGUCUCACCGAAUCGGGACAGCACUCAGCCAUUCCACAAGUUGGCAGUGCUGAAGAGCAAGGAUUUCGGCACGGGCGGCACUGCCAACUCUGGUGGGAACUGGCCCCACAGCGGGAAGGCGACGCCACUAAACACUGGACAUCUCACACCCGCUGAUAGACAUGGUUCUGUGCAGGUGGUUAGUUCAACGAACGGCGAGCUAGGUGCGGACGACCCGACCGCGGGCCACAGCAACACGCCAAUCACUCAGCCGCAUCACGAGGUUGAUGUGGUUGACGACACCAAGUCAGUGUUCCAACUAUGCUGUUGUUUCUUCAAACGCAAAAAGAAGAAGUGUGCGGCGCGCGCGGGCAAGUGA